AUGCGAUCGACGCUGGACAGCAAGCAAACAUUGCAGUACUCGGCGCUGAUCUCUCAGCUUGCCGCAAAGGCACGAAGCGUGGUGAGAGAACUGGACCCGCAGAAUGAUUUGACCUUUCUCAGGAUCCGUUCCAAGAAGCAUGAGAUCAUGGUCGCACCGGAUCGAGCCCGCGGCUUACGUUCAGCUGUUGCUCAUCUGCCAGAUACCCUUCCUAUUCAUUCACUACUGGAGUAUCGCAGACCGUCUUGCCUGAGGAUCCCCGCAUGUCGGUUGAGACGGAUUGAAAUCAGAAAUCGUCGUAAGCAUCGACACUUCAAUGCCUCGAUCGAGCCAAAGCCAACCAGCAAGCGAUGUUAUGGAUCGCCCUUUGUUCCGGGGGGGGGGCGGAGGCUCUGGAUUGUCAGGAUGUUCCAGAAUCCUGAACAUGUUCGUUCUAGGUUCUGCCAGGCCUUUGAUGUCUCACAUUUCUUGCAGAGCACUUCGAAUGUCGCACACUUCGAAGCGGGAGAGAGCGGCGAAGCCAACUCGUGUCUCCCGCAAGGCAGGUGCCUGGUAGCCCGAGUGGCUGCGCUAGUGACCUUUUCCGGGCCAACAGGGAUCCAACCAAAUCGUCAAAACGUGGUCUUGCCCCUUCUCGCUAGCAUUGCUUAUCUUUAG